AUGAGCGGUCGUCUUUCCUCCUCCUCCACCUCGGCGGCAGCGGGUCCCUCGCGCACGCUCACACUGACCAGCACCAACACCGACUCGCCGUCACCGCAACAACAAGACGUGGGGAUCCUACGAUUGCGACCUGAACCACGUUCGCGCGCCUCUGCUGCUGCUGCGAGUGGUAGCGGAAGCUCGCGUAGAGUCGUGUGGUCGCAGGAAACAGUGGAUAACGAAGGUCUGGGGAGGAAGAAGUCGAAAAUCUGCUGCAUCUACCACAAGCCCAAGGCAUUCGACGAGUCGUCGGAUGAGUCCUCGUCUUCCUCCGCCCAGUCGAGCUCCGACGAGCAAAACUCGGAUUCGGACAGCGACACUUCGGACGGCCCCAACUUCUCACAGGCCAUCAAGGACAAGCUGCAACAGCAACAGCGAGGUCACCAACAUGCGCAUCACGAGCACCACGAGGCACACGAGCACCAUCAGCAUCAUGACUCGUGUACAAGCGGCGGGGGCAGGAAGUCGAAGCGCAAAUCAAGGCAGAAGACGCGCUCUUCUGGUGGCACGCAGACCAUUACGCAGGUGGCGACCAAGGAGGAGCAGGAGGAGGAAGAAGAAGAAGCGCGAGGCGGACAGGCGGACAGCGAUUCAGAGGAUGGCAGGGGCAGUGCGUUCAAACCCAACGCGUACGAGAGGGGGACCCGAUGA